ACUGAGCAGAGAUGCCGCCGCCAGCCGGGAUUUCCGCCAAUGAGGGAGCCGGACGGGUCGGCGACCCAGCAGUAGCUGCCACGGUGCUGAGACGCCAGCAGCUUCAGUAGCAGCAUCAGCGGCAGCAGCAGCAGCAGCCAUGUCCUCCGUCCACGAUUACAACAGGGCCGAGGUCCCCGGAAGAUCGACGCGGCGCGCCAUGACGACGUCGGCGCUGCUGACGACGGCGGCGACGCUGCUGACGUCGGCGGCGGUGCUGCUGGCGACGGUGACGCCGCAGGCGCGGGCGUCUUCCACCAAGGGCGUGCGCAAGGCGUUCUCGUGGCAGGCCGUGGGCUGGGAGUGGCCCGAGCAGGCGGCCGCCGCCGCCGCCUUGCGGGCCGGCUACACGCCGCACACCAACCUGCCGCACGGCCUCGAGGUCUGGCGCGACCGCCUCUUCCUCACCGUGCCGCGCCGCAAGGCCGGCGUGCCCGCCACGCUCGGAUACGUCACCGUGCACAGGAACGAGAGAGCUCCUACUACGCCACGGUCGCCGCCGCUGUCGCCUUACCCGGACUGGGAGACGCAGCGGCUGGAGGGCGGCGAGCGCGCCGAGGGCGAGUCAGCGCGCAUCACGUCCGCCUACCGCGUCAGGGCUGACGCGUGCGACCGGCUGUGGGUGAUGGACGCCGGCACCGCCGACCUGGGACAGGGCGCUCUGGUGCGCCUCACCCCGCCACAGUUACUCGUCUACGACCUGCGCACCGACACCCUCCUACUCAGGUACUACCUGCGGAGAGACGACUUCGACGCGACGUCGUUCUUCGCCGGUAUCGCGGUGGACGUUGAGGCGGGCCACUGCGGCGAGGCGUUCGCCUACCUGCCGGACCUGGGCUCCUCCGCGUUGGUCGUCUUCAGCCUGUCCGACCGCAGCUCGCGCCGCCUGCGCCACAACUUCUUCCGCAUGGACCCGCUGUACGGCGACUUCGACAUUGCGGGAUUCAACUACCAGCUCUCCGAUGGCAUCUUCUCAGUGGCGCUUUCGGCGCCCGACCCCGAGGACGACGGCUACCGCACCGCCUUCUUCCACGCUCUCUGCUCUUCCAGAGAAUUUGCCGUCUCGUCUCGAUGGCUCAGGAACAGCACUGCCGCUGGCAGCACCUCGUGGUUCCGGUCGUUCCAGCCGGUGGGCAGCCGCGGGGACCGCGGCCAGUCCACAGGCAGCUUCCUGGACGAGAGGACAGGCGUGCUCUUCAUGAUGGAGGUGCUCAACCACCGCGUCACCUGCUGGAACUCACGAUCCGGGCUCCCCAUGGACGCAGAAACCAUAGGUGUCGUCGCCGAGGACGACGGUACCUCAUUCAUCUAUCCCAGUGACGUUAAGGUGGACGCGUCGCGAAACGAGCUGUGGUUCCUGACGAAUGUGUACCCGGUGCUGCUGCUGGGCCGUAUCAACACGACGGAGUACAACUACCACGUUUUCACCGGCGCGGUAGAUGACGUGGUGCGGGACACGCCUUGCGAGCCUGCUCGUGACGCCACGGGUAGCGGCCAUUGGCGGCGCUACCAGGCGGAAGCCGCGUCCCCCGUGUCUCCCAGCCUCGUCAUGGCGGCGGCGGGGCCGCAGUAACACCAGCUGGCGUCGACGCUGCUCUAACAGGUGGUCGCCGACUGCAUCCACCUGUGUCCGCCAGCCUCGUUGACAGGGGAGCUCCAACAGGUGUUUGGCAACUAUCUCUCUGUGUCCCUCAGACUCGUCAUGGAGGCUGUGGCAUAGGCUUCCGCCAACUGUGCCUCAAAGAGUGGCCUGCAACAGGUGGUCGGAGCGAAUGAGGGAGAGUGCAUACUACAGGGUGAUUUUUAUUAACGUUUGAAUACACACAGAGCGACGUAUACGGUCCUGAAAGAGCUAAUUUAAUUACAGGCACAUGGGGCUGCAAAUGUCAGGAAAUACCCCAAAAGUGGAUGACAAACAUUGAACAUGUGACUUCACCAGAUGACGUGCAUCGCAGCAACUGGUCUUAUCGAUCCUGCUCUCACUGGCAGGGGGCAUUGCUACAUAUCGCUCCGCUAGGCUACUCUGUUUUCGUAAACGUAAACCGAUUCAUUGAGGCCUUGUACCGCGAGUGCUAUCGUAUCACACAUAAUUAUGCAAGAAUGAAAACAGACUAGCGUAUUGUUUAGAGGCACAAAACGCGUGGAUCUUUUCAGCUCGUUACUAAAUGCAAAUAAGUAGGAGGCCGAGUUGAUAGGAGCUGAUGGAGUCCAGGUUGCAAUAAUAUGGGGUACGGCAUACUCUUAGAGAGAAGGACUAUUAUUCAAGAAACACAUCGUACAAUGAAAUUACUCAUCUUCAGUAGUUUGUAGGACUGAAGCUGCGGCUAUGAACUGACAAUCUCGUAACAUGGAAUAGCAUGAACUAAUACAACAUAUUCUCAGGGACGAAGCCUGAUGGGUCCUCCUCAGAGAAUCAAUGCAAACAUUACAGAACUGGCUGAGGUUCAAUUAUGAAAGUGCGUCUGCCUAGGUUGAAAUCUAGCUAAGAAGUGAACGAGGCACACUCCAGUUCCGUCGAGCUGCACAGCCCGCUAGAAUGCGCUGUGCUCGGCAGACGACGGGCUGCCAACCCUGUUUUGGCGCGGCGUUGUAGUAGUAUCUGCGGCAAUGAUACUAUAUAGCGGAGUGAUGAGUGGCACAGCCCCAAUCAAUGAAGGAAGGGUCGAUAAGCCCAAGGGCUGCACGUGCGGCGACAUGCGUCACCUAGUGAUGUAACUUUUUCAACAUUUGUCACCAAAUUUUGGGGUGUUUCCCGAUAUUUGUGGCCCUAUGUGUCUCAGAUUAAAUCAUUUGUCUUAGGGCGUAUCCACAUCGUGUCUCAUAUUAAACCAUUUGUCUUAGCUUCAUCUACAUCGCUGCUGUGGUUUUCAAACGUUAAUAACAAUCACUCUGCGUAUAAACACAUUGGACUACACUCUCAGUCAGACACAGUGACAAGCAUGUAAUGCUACAAACACACGGCAGACAAGCGUGUGAAUGACUGAUCCAGCCUCCUUACAGUGCCUUAAAUCUGGCGUUUAGCCUGAGCAGAGUUUACAAGGUUAAAUCGAUUCUUCUGUUUCUGCUUGACAGAACAAUAUUCAUAAAUUAAGAGAAAAGAAUUUUGGUUCUUCUAUAGUAUUAGUCUGUGGUAGCCUCCUAAGCCAAAACCAAUUAGUUAAAUAAAUGGAUACUAUAGGACAUCCACAAUGUUAUGCUUUGCUCUCCAAUGGUAAGUAACUGUUAAAACCAUGUGUUUGUUGGUUGUGCCCUUCUGAUUGUAGAUUGGCAGAAAGCUACCUAGCUAUGAAAGGCAGUGAGGAAAUGCAAUUGUUGUGUUGACACAGACUAAAUAUCAGAGCCAUUUUUGUGGUGAUAAGGACAUUUUUGUGGUGAUAAGUGUGUGAAGUGCUUACAAAAUUAUAUAAAUAUAUAAUUAUAUGUAUGUAUGGUGAAACUCAAUGCAUGAAAGAUAACUGCUAUACAUAAAAUCGUUCUCAUUACUAGUUGAAAGUAUAUGUAUUUCUAUCACAGUUUACAGAUUUUUUAAAAAAUAAAUGUAUUUUAAAUGUUGACAUGGAACUGUCCCUUAGAUUUCUUCGAUGUAUCGUAGUUAAGAUAAUGAUUUUACCGUUAAAAACAAUUCGUUUUUAUAAACAUCGCACUGCUGCAAAAUAAAAUGUUGUUGUUGUUCUAGUCUACA